UCGAAGACUCCUCACCAGCAGCAUCAUGGCCCAUCUUGUUCUCGCCGUCGUUCUGGCACUCGCCGCCGUCGCCACCGCCCGUAUGGCCUACGUUCUUCCUGACGCAGCGGAGACACUGUUGAGGGCUCGCAGUCUCCAGACCACCUUCACCUGCGACAACCGCGCCUAUGGCUACUACGCCGACGUCGACAACAACUGUGAGAUCUUCCACGUGUGUUACCCCAUCGUUGACGAAACCGGAGCUCUUCUCGAGACAGCCCACUUCUCCUUCGUGUGCGGCAACCAGACCGUCUUCAACCAGGAGUCCCUCACCUGCUCCCACGCCGACGAUGCCUUCCCCUGCGAGGAAGCCGCUAACCUCUUCGAUAUCAGCAACUCCGAGUUCGGCGUCAUCCCCGAGAGGAGAUAAGCGUUUCAGUUACACCUCACAGUCCUCCCAACCUCCCUACCAGACCUCGACAACCUAUAAGACGUCCAACUCUUAUUCCGAAUUUCCUGGUGACACAUCGUACUCUCUCUUCCCAUUACACUUCUCUCGCGUCCUGAAGCAAUGACCCGAUGCUCUCAGUGAGUCAUGUGUGUCUGGCAGGGUGAGAGAGGGACACAUUGUCUAGAUGAUGAUUGUUGAUGUCUCCUACACAAACCAACGAAAUUGCUCAAAUGUUUCUUCUAUUAAUAAAUCUUAGUCAAUGAUGA